AUGGAGAAGGUAGAGAGCUUAGGAGAAGUUUCAAAAUGGGCAGAUGCAAACAGAGACAUACUUGAACUUAUCUUCAAUAGGCUCAACUUGAUGGACAUUACCAUGAGAGUUUCACGUGUCUGCAUCUCUUGGUUCCUUGCCUCUCACAAAAGAGCUUUGUGGAACACCGUCGACCUCACCAAGCUCCAGGAAUUAGAUGUCUCCAACAGUUUUGUCUUUAAAAGUAAAGUACGACCAAUCUUCUUUUACAAGCUUCAGGUUGACGACGAUGGAGGCCUUCACAAGAAUCUUUUGUCUAAAAUCAUCUCCAGGUUCUUUCAUGACUUUUUUGAAGUAGAAGGCGGCAUAAGUCUCAUGAAUCUAUUAAUUGAGAUCACCAAGUUGAGCCGCAUGGCCCCGAAGACUUUGUUCUUUCACUUCAAUUCCUAUAUACAAGAAAAAGGUCUCAAAUUCGCUGCUGAGAGGAUGCCAAAUUUAGAGAAACUUGCUUUACCAAUCUGGUCCUACCAAACCGAGAAUUCAUUGCGGUUUGCUUUCAGUCAAUGGAAAAAUCUGAAAACAUUGAUCAUCGCUCAUGAACACACUUUCACCGGGAUAUUUAGGUUUCAAGCUGUGGGAGAGAGCUGUAGUAACCUAACCAACUUAAAAUAUUUGGGUUAUUUGGCAGAAUACAAUACCAGCCAAAUGGUGCGUUACCUCCAAAGCCUCAAGAGGUUGAGUUUGCGAUGCUCUUUGGUUAGUAUGGAGGUAGUUAACAAGCUAAUUACCGGCCUUCGAAACCUGACGAUUCUUAACGUUUCACAUUGCAAAAACUCUUUUAGUUUUCUUCCUAUCGAAAAAUCUACAGAAAAUUUUGUAAUAGCUGCUGCCACUCAGAAGCUUGAAAAAUUUAUCAGUUGUCCUCAAGAUUGUAUGAUUUGCAAAGAUGGCUGUCGUUACUCCUGGUCGUAUCUGGCUGAGGAUUGGCGGAACGACGAGAUAAAGGAACUUCAAUUCUGA